UCUUCAACCAAACUUGUUUUUGUACCAACCGCUGAAAUAAAGACUCUUUGAAUAAUUAUCAGCAGAUUGCGUUUUAGCUUGUAGACUUUAAAUGCAGUCUUUAAUGUUUGUGUGAAACUAAAUAAUCAUUGUUGAGUUUGUUUAAUUUAAAUACAGAAUCCAAAAACAUACGAUUGUCAUUAAUAAAACUUUGAAAAAAGGCGAUAUCGUAAAUCAUAACUAUAAAAAAAUGGUGAAUCUUUCGUGUUCCGAGCAGUUUCUGCGUCUCUUCGUUUUUAUAUUCAAUGUCGCGUUCUUCAUCUUCGGAGUUCUUCUGAUAGCGGUCGGAGCAUACGCAAUUGCGACUGUGCAGGACUUCUCGGAGUUCGACGUGGAUUCCGUCAAGAGUGUAUCGGGAGUAUUCAUUGCAUGUGGUGUGAUAAUCUUCCUGAUUGGUCUGUUGGGAUGUUGUGGGGCGUUCCAGAAGAGUCACUGGCUGAUGUAUGCUUAUUCAGUGGCCAUACUCAUCAUGCUGAUCCUGCAGCUGGCCUUAGGAGUGUACACUCUGGUUGAAAGGGACCACGUGGCCGAUGUGCUCACUGACAGCAUGCAGAGUACUAUGAAAAAAUACGACACAGACUCCACUACUGCUAAAGCAUGGGACAAAGUCCAGGAAGACCUGGACUGCUGUGGAUACGAUGGACCCGCCUCCUGGAAUGUGACCUUCGAAGACGGCAGCACGGUGCCAGAUUCUUGCUGCAAGACAGUAACAAAUGGCUGUGGUAACGCGGUCGGCUACCACAGCAAUGACAUCUUCACAAAAGAUUGCAAGACCCAGGUCGAAGAUGCGCUGGCAGACAGCAUGCUGGUUCGAGGACUAUGCGCUAUUAUAUUCGCACUUCUGCAGCUCCUCGGAGUCCUGGCCGGCUGUUGUCUCGGAAACGCUUUCCGAGAAUACGAGAGGGUCGAAUAGUCGUCAUAUCGACUAUUUAGAAAAAAUGAACUCAAAUAAAUACUGAAUGCUAGAUAUAUACACGAAUAGUAGGACACUCUACCUAGGAAACAGCUGUUUAACAUCAACCUUAACGGCUUUUCCUUGUAUUUUUGUAUUUUAGACUGACUCAUCUGACUCUUAACUGAAAUGUUUAUGAAUUGACUUUCACUUUA